CGCGACGGACGCGUCGGCGCGAACGACGCGCGACUCGCGCGCGAGGCAUCGCGCGGGCGAUCGCGGCGAUCGACGCGGCGCGCGACGCGGCGCGCGACGCGCGGGGACACCGUGAAUCGAUAAUCAUCCACGUGUUCGCAUCUUGCGGAUGAGCGCGUCCGUGGCGUCGCCGGAGACGGCGAAGAAACAGCGAGAGGAAGACGCGCAGGCGUUGAAGCGCGCGAUGGACGCGGUGGCGAACCCGACGCGAGUGGAGGCGACGACGGAGACGACGGAGACGACGGAGACGACGGAGACGACGACGAAGGACGCGAGCGAAGAGGCGAAAGAGGACGCGGUGGAGACGACGACGACGACGACGACGACGACGACGACGACGAAUGAAACGGAACGACCGCAACAGACGGCGACGGACGAGGACUACGCGCGAUUGGAUGCGUAUUUGAGUACCGGGUUCGGUUUGGUGCACGCCGACGGGAAAGACGGCGAGGGGCGAACGGUGGUGACGGUGAACGCGACGCGGAUUCCGGGCUGGGCCGGCAGCGCGGAUCGCGAUAACUCGAUGAAUCUCAUCAUCAAUACGCUCGAACGCGUGGCGGCGGCUGGGGAGUACGUCGUCGUGGUGUAUUUCGGCGACGACGACCGAUCGAAGGGCGUCGUGCCGACACACUCGCUCAACUGGCUCGGCGACCUCCACGACAAGUUGGCGUACGCGGUGCGGAAAAACGUGCAAAGAAUUGUCUUCGUGAACGCGACGUGGAUCAUGAGCAGCAUCAUCUCGUUGACGAUGACGUUCGCCACGUCAAAGGCGAGCAAGAAAUUCGCGUGGACCAAAUCCCUGGACGACAUGGACAAGGACACGGGAUACAACGUCCACCAAGCGAUGUGCGGCGAAAAGUUUCUUGCCUCGGUCGGUAGAAAAGUCGUGUACGCCGAAUCCGAAGCCGCCGCGCCCGCGCCCGCCGCAUCGUCGUAAAUAGUAGUCGAAUUUUAAUCGAAUGCAAGAGUUGAUACUC